AUGAAUUAUGUUGCCCAGACACAUAUGCAGCCAACACAUGCAAGAAAAGUCUUCCCGUGUUUCGACGAACCUGCAAUUAAAGCGAGAUUCAAUGUGACUCUUUUCAGGAAAAAACACAUGAUUUCAUUGUCAAACAUGAAACAAAUCCUAUCCCAAGACUUAGGAAAAGACUGGGUGGCUGAUCAUUAUGCAGUUACACCGUUGAUGUCAACUCAGUUAUUAGCUUUUGUUGUUUGUGAUUUCAUAUCCAAAGAAGUCAUAACUCCAACUAAUGUAUUAUUCAGAGUUUGGACUCGUCGAGAAGCAAUCGAUCAAACAACAUACGUUUCAGACGUUGGUGGCAGAGUUCUGACUUUCUAUGAAGAAUAUUUUAAUUAUCCAUUCAUGCUUCCUAAACAAGAUUUAAUAGGUGUUCCAGACUAUAUUGGUUCAAUGGAAAACUGGGGACUGAUAAUCCAGAGAGAGGAGGCCAUGUCGUAUGUUCCUCUAGAAACAUCAGAAUAUUUUAAGGAGUAUGUUACAUUGACUUUAUCGCAUGAGUUGUCACACGUGUGGUUUGGAAACUUAGUGUCAACCUCUUGGUGGGACGAUUUAUGGCUAAAUGAAGGAUUUGCCAACUAUAUUGCACAUGUUGCAAUGGAUUUCAUAGUACCAAGCUGGUUGCCGCUAGAUAAUUUUGUGAUCAAAAGUGUUCAGAGGGCUUUAGCAUUUGAUGGCCUAAUUUCCUCACAUCCUGUAUAUGUCCCUGUUUCUAAUCCGGAAGAAAUAUCUCAAACAUUUGACACCAUUUCCUACCAUAAGGGUGGAUCUAUUUUAAGAAUGUUGCAAUUCAUUUUGGGAGACGCAACAUUCCAAAAAGGUCUACAGCGAUUAAUUAGAAACAGAGCAUACGGUUUAAUGGUCCAUGAUGAUCUAUGGGUUGCUUUGAGGACACAAAGUAUAAUUGAUGGUAAGCCACUUGAUGUUAAAGGAAUAAUGGACACCUGGACGCUGCAAAUGAACUAUCCAACAGUUUUCAUGGAAAGAAAAGGACAUGGCAUAAGACUGAGUCAAUCAAGGUAUCUUCUGGAUAAAACUGCUACUGAUCCUGGAACAUAUACAUCACCGUUCGAGUAUAAAUGGGAAAUACCUUUCACUUACACAACCCAAAAAAUGAAAGACUUUAACAAGAACGAGGCUGACAUAAUAUGGAUGGGAAAAGACGGAAGAGACGUUUUCUUACCAAGAGUAAAAUGUGGAAAUGGCUGGUUUAUAGGAAAUAUAAAACAAUAUGGAUUCUAUAGAGUUAAUUACCCGGAAGACAAUUGGUAUUAUUCAAUUGUUGGUACAUCAAUGAAACGCAGUUAA